AUGUCUUAUAGAGAUUCCAUUGUGUCCCACGGUGGCACAUUGGAAGCACUCCAGAGUCAUCAUGUGCCUUCGCGAAGAAAUCGCCCACCCAACAUUGAUGUAAUGGCGGCUGAAGGGAACCGCGUGCCUCUGAAAGCUGAGAGGGCAAGCAGGCGAGAAUCGAGAUUGGGACUGAGGAGUUUGUUCAGUCGAUCAAAGACACCCAAGGACUUAUCCAUUCCCCAAACGCCUACAUCACUCGCAAGUACCUUAUCUCUUGCUGACACGAAUCCUUAUUUCGCAUCUCAACCUGAUAUUAUGCCUAAAGAUACACCUUUGUCACCCCUCAGCCCGCGUCCUUUAUCUACCAUGUUCGAAGGCCACAAGAGCCUGCCGACUCAUCCACGAUCUGUUGGGGUUGUGAGAACCCAAGGACAAGUGAAGUCGCCGCGGGGACUAGUUUCGACAUGGCACCCUCCGCCUCUUUUCAAAGCAUUCCCCCAAGCUGUCAAGCAUAUGACAUUGCCAGCCACCUCAUUACCAACCGAAAUAAUUCUGCGUAUGCAUGAGCGGCGUGCAAACACAAUGAAAAACGACGUAACCGAAGCGUUGGAAGGUGAAACUGGACCUACCGAGAAGGUAAAGGCUAAGAAGAAGCACCGUCGCAAUACAUCUGGACCUGCGCCUAAGUUUGAAUGGGUAAACAAGAUUUACGUCCUGGUAACCGCGGGGUAUUUGCUACAGUAUGCGGCCGAAGGGCCCUUUGACCGGUUGCCGGAAAGGAUACUGCAACUCGGCAAGGAUUCUGCGGCAUUCGCUAGCGAUGUCAUACCUGGCCGUCACUGGGUGAUCCAGGUCUCCUCAGCUACCGAACCUGAUGGGACACCAGCAACGGACUCGCGGUCCUUGUUCUCGCGAUGGAACUUCCGGGCCACUGAACGGCGCAGCGCAUCUAAUUGCCUCAUGGUGUUUGAAACCGCCGAAGAUAUGGAAGGCUGGAUCUCAACUCUACGUCGUGAGAUCGAAACAUUAGGGGGCAAGAAGACGCUUACCGAGACAGGCAAACCUAAAGCUGUAGACGAACCCACACCGUUGCGGGAAAGACACAGCCAAAGAACGUUGGUAGUCAGGGACCUGAAUCGGCUAUCACAAAUAGCGAACCAAAAUUCCAAGAGCCCUGACAGCCCUGAGAGCCCCGAAAGUUUCCAACCACCCCAAAGUUUACCAUCGCAUAGCCAGGCUAGCGCCAGUCGUUCGACCACAAAUGUUACCGAAUCUGAACCUCCCGCUGAUCACCCUUUGGAUGACAUUUCGACAACUAAUAGCUUUGUGUCGCACGAUGGCAGGCAGUUGGAUAGCUUGCGGGAAAACUCGCACCGUCUCUCCUUCAUAUCAUCUGGCCAGAGAACAGUUGUAACAUCUGCUGGGUCGUCACCAGAAGCAUCGCCAACAGUCGAUACGUUUCCUGUGCCCAUAGAACACAAACAAUCAAUGGAGGAGGCAUCUGGUACUCCUGAGCCAAAGCCAAGACCUAACGCUGCAGCUAUCCUGGAUCGAAGACAGUCAAUGCAAGUCCUCAGCCCUUUCGUCGAGUUACAAGGCGGGCCUAUCAGCCUGCGACCACAGUCCAGUUAUGGCUCUGGCGCAGCUCCCGAUGCGACAGCACCCACGCCUAACUUCAGUGUGCCGAACUCGUCAAACCGAAGAUACUCAUAUGUACGGAACAUGGCUCAGGAAUUCGGCAUGGCUUCCCAGUCAGGGACACUAGAGGUGCGAUCUUUGGGCCGCAGAGCACCACCAACGACUUUGCCUGUUGCGAGACCUUUAUCCAUGGUCGCUGAUCAGCCGUCUCCAAUGGAAGAAAUCCAUGAACGACCAGUGACACGCCACGGAGACGAAACACAAGCAACUAUACCAGCAGAGGAUGAUUUGAUGUCCUUGCCGCACAUCCCCAGCUCGUAUGACAUGGCAUCACGAAGGCCCAGCCUGGUUCCGAUAGAUGAGCCGGUCAUCGAAAGUAACCGCCCAGGCAGCUCACGUCGACAUUCAGAUAUGCGGCAAUGGCGUAAAUCCGAGAACCCCAGCGCUCUCUCGCGUAGCUUGACUGGCUCAAGCCGGCCGAGCCUAGAACAAAGGAAACGUUCACGGUCAUCCGUUACCGGGACUGAUGAGGCAGCACGCCGCCGUGCUUCCCUGGAUGCCUACAGUGAAGGACGAAGCGACACUAUGUCGGCCAAGGUACGGUCUCAGAGGCGAGCCAGCAUGCAGUCUAUGAUGUCGGACCGGGCAUCUCAGUAUAGCGCUUCGGCCGAUCUUCCUCCACCAAUGGCACCCGAAUCUCUGCCUCUACCUACACCACCACCCACAGCACCUCUUCCUCCUCUUCCUGGAUCUGUGAGCAGCCCUCAUUUGAAGCCCGAUACGAACGGAAAGAAUCUAUUUAAUCGGCGAAGCAUGCCGCAUUUGAACGAAGGGCCUCCUCCAGCACCGCCACCAACGUGCGCGCUGCCCCCCUUACCACCCAAGCUACAAGUCAAGGCCUAA